AUGGCGGCGAGCGAGUACUCAACAGGACUGGAAUCGGUGGAGGCGGAGUCACAGUACCUUCAUGUUCUCUCUGCUUUCCUCGCCAUGGAACCGGUCGAUUCCGUCAUCUCUCUCGCGAGAGGGUGUACCGGAGGAUCAAUUACUGAUAAUGUUCAGAGAUUUCUCUGGGAAAUUUGCGUAAAAUCUGCUGUGAAUGGGAACGCAUCAUACGCGAAAAAGCUACUAAAGAGACUCAUAAAUGAAGUUGAGUUGGAGAAUGGUGAAGUAUUGGAUGAAGUGUACGAAGAGUAUGCUCUUCACAUGUCUGCGCCUUCUAAGGAAAAUAUAUUGGUGAAAGACAACAUAAGGAUCACAAAAUUCAUCUCUUUUCUUUUCCCGGAUGGUUCGUACGAACACCCGAGUUGUCCAAAGUCAGGGAAACUAGUUAUUCCGAUGCGAUGUUCGUUGAACAUGUUUGAAGGAGAUACCGGGUGUUCCAUCUGGCCAUCAAGUCUGUUUCUGUCAGAGUUUGUUCUGUCAUAUCCGGACUUAUUCGCCAAUAAAUCCUGUUUUGAGGUUGGUUCUGGAGCUGGCUUGGUGGGAAUUUGUCUUGCUCAUGUAAAGGCCAAGAAGGUGAUACUAACAGAUGGAGAUCUUUUAACUCUAACGAACAUGAAGCUUAACUUGGAGAGGAAUCGUUUAAACUAUGAUGAUGAGUUGCUCAAAGAACCAGGAGAGGCUCAGAGUACACGAGUUAAAUGCAUUCAUCUUCCGUGGGAAACUGCAUCAGAAAGUAAACUGAGCAAAUACCGUCCAGAUAUCAUUCUAGGCGCAGAUGUAAUCUAUGAUCUGUCAUGUCUACCUCAUCUUCUUCGUGUUCUGGUAGCACUGUUAAGGAGGCCAGCCAAAAGAGAGAGUGGCUCUCUCGAGACUGAAGACAGAGACACGGCACAGGAUGGUCGGAGCAGUCCCGUGGUGGCGUAUAUCGCGUCAGUGAUCCGCAAUGCAGACACUUUCAAUGCGUUCUUGGUACUUGUGGAUCAAAUGGACCUUUCCAUCACAGACUUGACUGGAGAACUUAAGCCUCCCUUGGAGCUUUUACCGUAUAUGCAUUCGUAUGACCGCUCAAGCAUCCGUCUCUUCUCCAUUUCCCCCAGAUAA